ACGUAUGCGGUCCCUUUCUUGUACUCAUCUAUACCACUCUGUUAAUGCCAUUAUUGUAGCCUGACGCAAUAGCUCCUCCUGCUGUUGUGCAUCGUAACCCAAAGAUGGACCUGUCUUUCAUAGCUCUUCCCACUCCACCACGUAGACCUUCCCUUACAAUAGGAUCGCGGCUACCCUGUUUACCCAACCACUCCAGCAAACUCCUUACACCGUCUUCCCAUACGGACACAGUUCUCCAUGUUCGUAAUGAUGGGUCUGACGAUUUCCUCCCUGACGUGAUACUCCAAGACCUCUCAAAAUAUAUAACAAAGGACGGAGACUAUCCUGUUGCUCGUGGAGGGUUCGGGGAGAUCUGGAAAUGUAUUUUUCACAUCGAUCGUACAUCGGUCAAAGUUGCAGUGAAAGCAUUGCAGGUUUAUGCUGCUGACCAACUUGGUGCAGCAAAGACGAAAAAGAUCAAGAGGAUAAAGCGUGAACUCAGAAUAUGCGCCAACCUCAAACAUCCAAAUAUUCUACCUGUUUAUGGCUAUACGUAUGGCUUCGGCCCAUUCCUAGCGAUAGUCAGUCCUUGGGCGGAGAAUGGUAACCUGUCGGACUAUUUGGAGCUCAAGGGCACGGCUCUUACUCUCGUUAGACGAUUCCGGCUGCUCAGGGAUAUCAUAGCCGGUCUGCAAUAUCUUCAUGCCAACAGUGUCAUCCACGGUGACUUCAAUAGCCCUAAUGUUCUCAUCCACGGUGAUGGCACCGCGUGUGUUGCUGACUUUGGUCUUUCCUUGAUGUAUUCCGAGGUUAUAAGUGCCUCUCAGGCAUCUUGGACGUCCACGCUCAAAGGAAACAUGCGAUGGAUGGCUCCUGAGUUGCUUGUACCAGAGCAGCAGGAUGGAUCUGCAACUCGUCCGAGCGAGCAAAGCGAUAUCUUUUCGUUCGGCGGUAUCAUGUUGCAGGUCCUCACGAACAAAAUCCCUUAUUAUUACCUCCCGAAUGACGCCGCAAUCGUCCUAUGCAUAGCUAGGUCAGAAACGCCCUCCCGAGCUCGUUAUCCAGAACUCCCUGAAAAACACUGGGCAUUUAUCGAGCAAUGUUGGUCUAAUGAUCCUCGGGACCGUCCAUCGACGGAGGGAGCUCAUGUGACGAUCAGGAAUGAAUUUUACUCGCUGUCUAGAUCUCAUUGAUUCGUGAACUAUUGCAUUCAACGAUCUGUUUACAGUUCAACCGACAAAACGAGGCACAGUAACACGAUGCUGUUACCUGUACUGUAAUCACCCCCAGACAUCUCCUGCAAUGUGAUGAGAACACUGUAGUUACCGACC